CACUGCUCUCUCUCCAAUUCCAUAAAUAAAAUAUAGCCCCUGUUUCUCCACCUCUUUAGAAAAACCGUCCAUUAAUUUCCUCUCUCCACUCCUCAAAAAGUCAGCCCUGCUACAAAAAAUGGAGGAUGACUGGGACCUUCACGCCGUGGUCAGAAGCUGCUCGACCUCCCAAAACCCCACCAGCUUUACUAUGUCCAAAGAUCCUUUUGAAGGAGGCACUAGGGUGGAAGAAGAUUUGCAUCGGCUAAUUUGGAAACAGCAAAUUCCACCGAUUUCUCCCCUCUCUGUUUUGCAACAACUAUCAUCGUCUCACCAGAUUCUACAGCAGCCUCAGCCCAAGCCCAAGCACGAAAUCUCCCCCAAAAAACAACACCUUUUUUCCAAACGCAGCACCACAAGGUCCAAAAAAAGGAAACAUCAGUCGAAGAAGGUGUGCCAUGUCCCGGCAGAGAGCGUGUCUUCCGACGUAUGGUCAUGGCGAAAAUACGGCCAAAAGCCAAUCAAGGGAUCCCCAUAUCCAAGGGGUUAUUACAAAUGCAGCACAUUAAAAGGGUGUAUGGCAAGAAAGCAAGUGGAGCGGAACAAAUCCGACCCGGGAAAAUUCAUCAUCACCUACACCGGCGACCACACCCACCCCGUCCCCACCCACCGGAAUUCCCUCGCCGGCAGCACCCGCCCCAAGGCCGACUCUAAGAAGCCGGAGGAAUCUGAGGUGGACAUCGAUGACCACGAUUUGGGCCCUGCGGAGGGGUAAUGAAUCGAAUCGAAUCGAUGCUUUUCUUCUCCUUCACUUUUCUUUACGUUUUGUAGCCACCCGACAAGUUUUUUUGUCCGUUGAGACUUGAAGCUAGUACAGAAUCUAGAAAUCACGGAACUUUUUUUAUCUUUACUUCUUCUUUUUUUUCUUCUAGGGAAUAGAGUUAAAUUUGGCGAUGAUAAAGAGAAAGGGGAGUAGACAAUCUAGAGAUGUCUAUGAGAUGUUGGUUGUAUAUUUGUGGUACUUGAUGUACAGUAUAUUUAUCUCUUCCAUUUCUUAUUUGUUUAUAUAUACGAGUAUGGAGUAUUUUUCAUGA